AUGACCGCACUCUCCAGCAGCAUAGUCUUAGCUGCCUCUAUAGCCAUAGCCUUCCGUAUUACUUUGCAUGCCAAUUUUCUUAUCACCAGUGCCACGUUCGGGUUCGCCUAUGUGUUUGCACGAUGGAUUCUUACGAGUCGCAAGAUGCAAGGGAUUGCCCCCGGUCCACCUCUCUGGCCAGUUAUAGGCAACGCCACCCACAUACCUACGGAAAGCCCUUGGUUGACAUUUUCAAAGUGGGCUCAGACAUAUGGCGAUAUCAUACAUCUUGAUGCUAUGGGUCAACCUAUAAUCAUCCUCAACAGCAUACAGGCCGCCAAAGACCUCCUCGACAAGCGCUCUUCCAUAUAUUCGGGGCGACCCCACAUGGUCAUGGCAUGCGACCUGAUAGGAUAUGCACAAGGUUUCGUCCUACAGCCCUAUGGUGAAGAGUGGCGCAAGCAACGCAAGAUCGUCAACCAAGACUUCAACCAGUCCGUUGUACAGCGCUAUUACGAUGUACAAGAGACGCAGGCUCGGAAGCUCGUACUGGGUGUUUUAAAUGAUCCGAGCUCCCUUGAGAGCGAAAUCAAGAUGAGAAUCGCAGCGAUCAUCCUCGAGGCGAAUUACGGCUACACCGUUCAGUCAAAAGACGACCCCUUUUACACAAUCCCGCUGGACGCGAUGAGUAACUUCAGCAAAGCAACCGCCCCAGGCGCAUUUCUAGUUGACUUGAUUCCUCAGCUUAAGAAUCUUCCGGAAUGGAUGCCCGGAACAGGUUUCUUUCAGACGGCUAAGGACAUGCGCAAAAUUAUGAUGGAGGGGACAUGGAAUCCCUACCUCUGGGCCAGAGAUAAUCUUCCCACAGGGAUUGCGCAUACCCCAAGCUUAUGUGCCACGACACUCACCCAGGUGGAUGGUCCCCUUUCUGCGGCAGACGAGCACUCGUUAGUGUGGGCGGGUUCGGCUGUUCUUGGCGGUGGGUUAGAUACGAACAUGUCGACUAUAUUAUCAUUCGUGCUCGCGAUGCUGCAUUACCCUGAGAUACAGGCAAAGGCCCGUGCGGAGAUUGACGCCGUGGUAGGCUGCGACAGGCUUCCGUCUCUCGCAGAUAAAUCAUCGCUGCCCUAUGUGCGUAGCAUCGUGACCGAGGUGUAUCGCUGGGCCCCUCCGGUACCCCUGUGCAUCCCUCACUGUCUGAACGAAGACGAUGUCUAUAAUGGCAUUCACCUGCCCAAAGGCUCCCUGGUCAUGCCCAACAUCUGGCACAUGACGCGCGACCCAAACACAUAUCCUAACCCAGACGCCUUCCAGCCCGAGCGAUAUGACGGCUCUGACAUCGAGAUGCAAAAGGUCACGGACCUUGUGUUUGGCUUCGGGCGGCGUGUGUGUCCUGGUAUCCACUUCGCGCAGGGCACCAUCUUCGCCAUCAUCUCGACGCUGCUCGCGACGUGUGAGAUAUUGCCCACGCGCGACGCCCAUGGCCGUCCCGUCAUACCUGAGGUGGCGUACACCUCUAGUACAAUCUGCUUUCCAAAGAAUGUCCAAGCCCACUUUACGCCGCGCACGCCGCAGGCUAUGUCACUGCUUACACAGAGCAUCGUAGAGCAAGAGUUUGUAGUUAACUAG